AUGUCUGAUCAGCUUAAGUAUCUAAUGUCGUGGAAAGAUUCGACAGUGAUGGCAGUACACCAAUAUGCCAGCGUGGUUUGGGUGACGAUCUGUGUCGUCCUAGUGUUAAACACGCUGCUACGACUGGCACAGUUGAUGAGAAAACGUAGAAGGGCAGAACGGGACCUUGCAUUGUUUCCUUCCCCGAUGAGGCAUUGGUUUUUUGGACAUUUGCUGCUAAUGAAAAACAACGAACAGUCAUUUCUGCUACUGGAAAGUUUUACCAAACAUCACAGCACGUCUCGAGUUUCAUGGACAGGUCCGUUUGAAGUCACCGUUAUAUUGUACCACCCAUCGGUCAUCAAACCGCUAUUGGCGAGCACAGAACCAAAAGACGAUUUAUUUUACGGAUUUUUACGUCCCUGGCUUGGUGAUGGGCUGUUGCUAAGUCGGGGAAAGAAAUGGUUCAGAAACAGGAAGUUAUUGACGCCAGGAUUUCAUUUUGAUAUUUUAAAACCAUACGUUCAAGUAUUCAAUGAAUGUGCAAAUAAAAUGCUGGAUAAUUGGUCUGGUAUAUACAAAUCUUCUGGUAACUCAGAUGGCGUAACCAUGGAAAUGUUCGAACAUAUCAGUCUGAUGACGUUGGAUAGUUUAUUGAGAUGUAUUUUCAGUCAGGAGAGCAAUUGUCAAAUGCACAGGACACAUCCAUAUAUCCAAGCUGUGUAUGCGCUGUCGUACUUAGUUGUUGAGAGGGGACGGUUCCCGCCCUUUUAUAGUGAUUUUAUUUACGCCCUCACACCAAGUGGGUAUAGGCACAGGCAAGCUUUGAAGGUUCUUCAUGGGCACACGAAUGCUGUUAUCAAAGAGAGGAGGGAAACUUUAAAAUCAGAAGAAGCACCUGGAAUCGGCGGCAAAGAGAAGAAGUUCAUAGACUUUUUAGACAUUCUUCUUAAAGCCAAGGAUGCCGAUGGGCAUGGAUUGACAGACAAAGAAAUUCAAGAUGAAGUCGACACUUUCAUGUUUGAGGGUCACGAUACCACAGCUAGUGGCAUCUCAUGGUGUCUAUACAACCUGGCCAAAUACAAAGAACAUCAAGACAGGUGUAGAGAAGAGGUCAAUGACCUGUUGACCAUCAAGGAUAGAACAAAUAUUGAAUGGGAAGAUCUUGGUAAGUUACCAUAUCUUACGAUGACUCUAAAGGAAUCUCUGAGACUUCAUCCUCCCGUGCCUAUGACUGGUAGAAUGUUGACAAAACCGUUGGUCUUGCCUGACGGCAGAACUAUUCCUCCUGGUUACCGAGUGACAGUAAACGCAGACUGUCUUCAUCGUAAUCAACAUGUUUGGAAGGACCCAUUGGUGUUCGAUCCCCUGCGAUUUACACCGGAAAACAAAAAGACCAGAUCACCCCAUGCAUACAUACCGUUUUCUGCAGGUCCACGGAACUGUAUCGGUCAGAAUUUUGCUUUGAAUGAAAUGAAAGUAACCAUUGCGACUAUUUUGAACAGAUUCGAAUUGGAUGUGGAUGAGAGUCAGCCUCCUAAUCGCACAAUGCGUCUAGUAUUGCGAUCAAUUAAUGGAAUUCAUUUGAGAGUUAAACCACUUACCAAAUGA